AUGAAGACAGUUUCGUCUGUGAAAGAUAGGAAUGGCAUUGAUGUCAAAUAUUCUCCUGUUGAUGGAGAAUUUACCCAAAGCAAUUCAAGUGAAACUCUUCCUGCACAGGGUUUGAAUGAAAGUGACAACCUUAUUAUUUGUGAUUCACAACUAGCAUCAAGUUUUCAAGAAGUGAAAAUAUCCAAAACCCGCUUGAAACCAGGACAUUAUUUACAGAAAGUUUUUUUACACAAAUUAAAAAGUCAAAGUGUACCCAGUUUGGAUAAAGGCAAAAUUAACAAUGGUGUUGGUGAUAAUAAUGAACCUGUCAAGGAGAUAAAUAAUGGCAAAUUAUUGUCUUCUACCGAAAAUGAAAAAAGCAAUGAAGAAAGUGUCGACAGGGAAGCAAAUGAUAGCUGGUAUAGGACUUGGCCUGACUGUGGUAUUGACAAAGUUCGUAAUGGUAUAGUUUUAGAUAAUAAUGUCAGUAAGGACAAUAUUUUGACAGAUGGUGCGAGUGAUCAGGUUACAGUUAAGUGUAGAUCUGCAGUUACAUCUCAUAAUGUCUGUGAUAAUGUAGUUAAGAAAAAUGGAGCAAUACCAAUUGACAAUCUUCUUGAAAAUCUGCCCAUUGCUUACAGCCCUAUAACAAAACAAAUACAUUUAAUUAAUAGUGUAGACAACUGUGAUUAUAUAAAGAGGACACCAGUGGAUAAACUUGAUGAGAUGCUGGCGCAGGUCGUUAUGGGGUAUGCUCAGUUCGCGUUGAGUAAAGCUUGGCACGUGUUCAAUCAGUCUAGUCAAGAGAAGACAGCUUUAGACAUGAUGUGUCACUGCCGUGUCGGAUGA